UCGCAGCUUAUUGGUCGCUCGGAGCCAUCGCUGAUUUUCCAGCAGGAAACAGCCGCGAGCUGCGCAUGCUCACUGACCAACCCGGAAGUGCAGCCGCUCGGCUCGUGACCGUUUGUUGCUUCCGGUGAAUCUGGAAAUAAAACUCGGAUGAAACGAUAGAUAUUAACAUAUAUAUAUAUCUAUGGAUGAAAGGAUGAUUCUUCACUUCACUAAAGACGUGUUACCGGAAGCUGUGAGCAGCGACUUCCUGAACCUGAACAAGCUCAACGAGCAGCAGUUUCAUCGUCUGAUUGAAAUUCUGUUCCAGUUCCUCCUGGAGCCUAAAGAGACGGAGAGGUUCAUGCAGCAGCUCACGGACUUCGCGGGGGAACAGGGGAUGAGCGCCGCUCCUCUGAGGAACCUGAUGAAGAGCGUCCUGCUGGUGCCACAGGGAGCCCUGAAGAAGAACCUGUCAGCUGAUCUGCUCGGAGAGGACCUGCUCACGUUAGGACUCAGCGAGGACAAGGCGUCUCACUUCUCACAGCAGUGGGCGGAGCAUCAUGCGGCGCUGUCCCGCCAGGCGGUCAGUCAGGCGCUGAUGGUCAACCAGCUGCUGGACAUGGAGUGGAAGUUCGGAGUGACUGUUGGAACCAGUGAGACACAGAAAGUGGGAAACAUCUAUCUGCAGUUGAAGCUCGUGGUCAGAAAAGGGAAUUCCACUGAAAACGUCUACAUGGAGCUGACACUCCCUCAGUUUUACAACUUCCUGCACGAGAUGGAGAGAGCCAAGGCCAGCAUGGAGUGUUUCAGCUGAGGGGGGGGGCAUAAACUCAUCAAUUAGGCUAAUGAGUGUCAUCACUAAGAUAGCUGUACAAACAUGUGUGUGCGUGUGUGUGUGUUAGUGAGUGAAUGGAAGAGUGUGUGUUUAUGUAAGGCUGGUUUAAGUUGUGUGUGUGUGUGUGUGUGUGUGUGUGUGUGUGUGUGUGUGUAACACUGCCAGCCUGCAGUGACUGAAACUAAACACAAAAACAAAUGGUAGAUUUUCAUAUUCUUUAAUAAUCUAAAAAUAAAGGUGAAUAAGAAGGAAA